AUGAAAUUGCCCCUGGGCUCACUGGGGCUUAACACCUUGGCUCUUCUGGGCCUUGGUGCUGCCCAAACCCAAGUUGCUAUCAUAGGCGCCGGAGCGGCUGGAUCAUCCACCGCGUACCAUUUGUCUCAGUAUGCCAACGAUCUGGGACUCAACGUCAACAUCACAAUCUUUGAGAAGGAGAAUCGCAUUGGUGGUCGUACACUCACCAUUAACCCGUACGGUGAUGCCUCGCAGGUGGUUGAGUUGGGUGCCAGUAUUUUCGUUCAAAUCAAUCAGAUCCUCUACAAUGCUGCACAGCAGUUUGGUCUGAUUACGAUCGGUCAGAACAGCGAUUCGGGUGUCGAGGGUCACCUAGGCGUCUGGGACGGUGACCAGUUCUUGUUCACCCUGGAUGAGCGUCUCCCUGAAUGGUUCAACAACCUCAAGGUUGCCCUGAGAUACGGCGUUACCGCCCCUCGACGGACCCAGCAGCUGGUCGCCAGCGUCAUCGGGCAAUUCCUGCGAAUUUAUCAGCCUCCUCACUUCCCAUUCUCGUCGCUGACAGAUGUCGUGGCGAACCUGGGUCUAACCAACGUGACCGGAGUCUCCGGCGAACAGUUCCUCAAUGCCAAUGGGGUUUCCGUUGCCGCCGAGGGUGCCGUGCAAGUUCUGGGGGGCAACUGGCAGAUCUUCCAGAAGAUGGUUGAGGCGUCCGGGGCCACCAUCAACCUGAAUUCCCCUGUUAUCGGUCUCAAGAAGAGCGGCAGCAAGUACGCCAUCCAGACCAUCUCUGGAUCAAGUAACACGACCUAUCAGAUUACCUUCGACAAGGUCAUCCUCGCCAACCCUUUCCAGUUUAGCAAUAUCGACGUCGGCUCCGGCGUCCUGACCAGCUCUAUCGAGUCGGUCCCGUACGUCCAGCUGCACGUCACCAUCUUCUCGUCGUCCAAGCGCCUCAAGCCGCAAUACUUCAAGUGGCCCGGCUUCCUCAACGUACCAACCGGCAUCCUGACCACUCUCGCCAAAGCCGACAAUGCGAACUCCGGCUCCCAAGGUGUUGGCAAGGCCGGCUUCUUCAGCUGUACUAUCCUGCGUACUGCUAUCAACCCGGCGACCAAGAAAAAGGAAUACAUCUACAAGAUCUUCUCCCCGCAGGCGUUAACACCAUCCCUGCUAAGCGCCCUCUUUGGACAAACUGUGCCAGACACAUUUACGGGCUCUGGUAGCCCGAUAAGCUGGUAUUACCCGCAUGUUUUUCACUCGUAUCCCAAGGCCGUGCCGCGCACGAGUUUUCAGGACAUUAUUGUAGGCGACGGGGUCUACUACACUUCGGGCAUCGAGCCCUUCAUCUCCACCAUGGAGACAUCGGCGCUGAUGGGCAAGAAUGUCGCGCGCCUAAUUGUUGACGACCUGGCCAGCGGCGACUCGUCCCAGGUCAAGUCCAGGUUUGGAAGUAACAGGUUUGGUGCGAUCCGGAAGCAAGGUCCACCGGAGUGGCCGCCCAGGUGCACCCCGCUGCAGCUGCACAAAGACCAAGACUCUGCCAGCGUGACAGCGUGGUGCACGACAAGGGAAGAAAGCCCCCUCUUCCACGCGUCAGGAUCCAAACAAACCUUGCGACCCGUCCCUCUCGUCUGGUUUGACUCUGGUUGUCGUCUUUUCCCCAUCCUGCGACUUUUACGCGCCCCCAACAUUGACGGCGACGACCGUUUCUGCUCAGCCCCUCUCCCCGCUGUUUACCAACAAAAGGACAAAAACACAUCAGCAGCCACCAUGUUUGUGCUCCGGAAUGUCGGAAAGCUGCUGUUCGGCUCCAGCAACCAGGAGACUCUGAUCGAGCUACCACAAGGCCAGCUUUAUCUGGUGCGACCGCUGUCUCCCAAGGGCUACUCCGAGCUUAUCUUCAAGGACGCCUCGGCGCGAAUUCGGCGCACUGCCCAGGACUUCCACUACCAGCUAGUUGUCCAGCGCGUCUACGAAGAAGGCGAGGCCGAACUUCUUGCUGAGGAAGAGGGUGAGGACGGUGGCGCCGACGCCGACGCUCUUGGUAGUGAACGCGACGAGAAGACUUUCCUUCUAGACGAGGCGCUUCACUUCCGUGUCGAGAACCGCGAGGGCAGUGAGCGAGUCCUGGCUUGGCGCGACCUGAGCGGAGACGCUGGCGACGUCUACGAGUUUGUGUGCGACGCGAGCAUUUCGUCCAAGCAGGUGCAGCAGUUUGAGCGCAUUGCCCGUGAGUGCCAGUACGAACGCAAGUACCGCAAGCCGCAUACCACUGCCUCCGAAGAGGAUCUCAAGCAGUUCGAGUUUGCCGACGAGCCUCCUAUCCCCCAGGCCAGCCCCAUUCAUAGCCCAACAUUGGCCCGGUCCAUUGACGCAAUCGACGAUAUGGCUCUGAACAAGCGCGACAGUUCCCCGGAGCCUCCAACUCCCGCCAAGAGGGGCAAGGAGCGGGAUAUGAAGCCUCCGGCAGUGUCGCAGCAUCCCAAGGCGCGUGAGCUGCUCGCAGCCGAGAUCGCCGAGCUGCACUUCUUCGACUUUCCCUCGGGCACCUUCGUUCUGCAAGAUGCGUCCGUGACUGCGAAGGUCAUGGAGAUUGGCGACUGGGAGUACUGGCUCGAGGUUUCUAGUGCUGACCGCGACUGGCUUGGUAUUCCCGUUGUGGCUGAGAUUAACCCCGUAUUCAAUUUCGAGUUUUUAUCUUUCAUCUUCAACCAGUUCACCGAUGAUGGUUCUGCGUACUCGUGGCUCCUGCGGUUCAAAGACCAACCAACUCUGGAGAGGUUCCAGCAAGGCCUGCUGCAAGCCCUCUGGGAGCGUCUCAAUGAGAUGAAAUGGUCGAAGAUCAAGGAUAAGGAGCGCGAUUAUGUCGCUGAUGCCUUCAACGACCUCGCAAUGGAGGACUCGGAGAGUGUCGAGGAAGAAGAGGAAGAAGGGAGGGACGAAGACGGGGAGUCUGAAGAGGAGGAGGAAGAGGAGGAGGAGGAGGAUGACCGUGCACAGAGCGAGCACUAUGACAGCGACGAGGAGCAGGACGAUGUUGACUAUAAACCCAAGGACGGCGAUGUCAAUAAGAUGCUCGCUGUCGGUUACAAGCACGACCGGUCAUUUGUCGUGCGCGGCUCCAAGAUCGGCGUCUUCAAGCAUACGCCGAACAACCACCUCGAGUUCAGCACCAACAUCUCGAAAGUUCAGACGCCCAAGGGCGAGCUGUUUUCUCCCAAGAAGGUUAUGCUCCAUAAUGAGGACCGUAACCUUAUCCUCCAGAAGGACAACGACCCGAACAAGCUGUACCGUAUGGAUCUCGAGUAUGGCAAGGUUGUUGACGAGUGGACGGUUCACGAGGACAUCCCCGUCGUUACCUUCGCCCCUGAGAACAAGUUUGCCCAAAUGACCAGCGAGCCUACCUUCCUGGGUAUCAGUCGUAACGCCCUCUACCGUGUCGAUCCCCGCUUGCCGGGCAGCAAGCUGGUCGACUCGCAGCUCAAGCAGUACGUCAGCAAGAACGAUUUCAGUGCUCUGGCCACUACGAAACAAGGCUACAUCGCCGUAGCGUCCAACAAGGGCGACGUGCGCCUCUUCGACCGCUUGGGUAUCAAUGCUAAGACGCACAUCCCUGCCCUCGGCGAGCCCAUUAUUGGCCUCGAUGUCUCUGCCGACGGCCGUUGGGUCCUCGCCACCUGCAAGACCUACCUUUUACUGAUCGACGCGCUGCAAAAGUCGGGCAAGAACGAGGGAAAGCUCGGCUUCGAGAAGUCUUUCGCAGCCGACGCCAAGCCCCAACCGCGUCGUCUGGCUCUGACCCCCGAGCACGUUGCACAGUUUGCCUAUGAGACGGGCAAGGGCGUGAGCUUCACACCGGCCAAGUUUAACACGGGUGAGGGUGCCGAGGAGACGAGCAUCAUUACUGCUUCUGGCCCGUACAUCAUUGAGUGGAGCCUGAAGAAAGUUCUUGCGGGUAAGAAGGCGCCAUACCUCAUCAAGAGGUACACGGAUGAUGUCAAGGCGGACGACUUCAAAUUUGGUACGGAUAAGAAUGUCAUUGUUGCUCUGCCACACGAGGUCAACAUGGUCAGCCAUGCUAGAUUGAAAAGGCCUACCAGAGAGAGUAUUGCUGGAGACUUUGGACGCAGGACGUCGGCGAGGUAUGCCACGCCUGGUAGGUCCCGGUUGGGGAGAGGAGAUAUCGUGCAGGAGUAUUGA